CACGAGAGUAGAGUGCCAGUGGUAUAAUUACAAUACCGCCUUUGUCUAUUGGAAAUAUCACUCUCUUCCUUUCACCUUUUGCACGGCAACGCCACGUUUUCCGCCAUGGCCGCCUCCUCCAUAACGCUCUGCCUCGCCGCCGUUGCGAUUCUCGCCGUCGCCGUCGAAGGAUUCAAUAUUACCGAUCUUCUCUCCGCUCAUCCUGAGUAUAGCGAGUUCAAUGACUUGCUCACGAAAACUAAGCUCGCCGACGAUAUCAACAGCCGCGAGCCGGUGACGGUUUGCGUCAUUCCUAACGGAGGUCUGUCAGCGUACACCGGAAAAUAUCCUCUCAGUGUGGUGAAAAACAUCCUCGCAUUGCAUGUGCUCCUCGACUACUUCGACGCGCCGAAGCUCCACAAAAUCGCCGAAGGUUCGGUUCUCACAACCACGCUGUACCAGACGACGGGGAACGCCGGCGGUAACCUUGGAUUCGUGAAUAUUACGGAUUUGAAAGGCGGCAAGGUUGGAUUCGGAUCCGGCGUUCCUGGUUCGUCUCUCGACUCGACGUUCGCUAAGUCGGUGGUGCAAGUUCCGUACAAUUUGUCCGUUAUUGAGAUCAGUAAGGCGAUUGCUCCGAGCGCGGUUCUGACGGCACCGGCGCCGUCGGCGUCUAGCGUCAAUAUAACAGCCUUGCUGGAGAAGGCAGGGUGUAAAACCUUUGCUUCGCUGAUUGUAUCGACUGGUGUUUUGAAGAUCUACCAGUCCGCAUUGGACAAAGGCCUCACCAUUUUCGCGCCGAACGACGAGGCGUUUAAGGCCACCGGCGCGCCGGAUCUGAGCAAGCUCACCAGUGCCGAGGUGGAUUCCGUCCUGCGGUACCACGCGCUCGCCAGUUACUCUCCGAUCGGAACUUUGAAACAGAGUACUGGUAGAAUCGAGACUCUCGCAACCAACGGCGCCGGGAAGUACGACCUCAGCGUGAAGACCGCCGGUGACUCCGUUUCUCUGGUCACCGGAGUCGGAACCUCGAGAGUUGCGUCGACCGUGCUCGACUCCACUCCGCUCUGCAUUUUCACCGUCGACAAUAUGCUCCUCCCUGUCGAGCUCUUUGGCAAGGCUCCGGCGCCGGCGCCAGGUCCUGCACCGGAAACCUCGCCAUCUCCGGCUCCUGUAGCGGAGGCUCCAUCUCCUAAAUCCGCCGCAGCUCCAUCUCCUUUCCAUUCUCCCCCGGCGCCGCCGUCGAAAUCGCCGGCCGCUUCCCCGUCAGAUGGUCCAACCGCAGAUUCACAGAACAGCACCUCCAACAACGCCGGCGGCGCUCUGAAAUCUCCAACCGUGAUGAAAACGGUGGUCGCAGCAGCGUCGGUUACCGUGCUGGCCUCCGUGCUGUUGUCGUAACCGUCGUUUCGCCUCAGGUUUUCUCACCACAGAAUCGCCGCCGUUCAUCUCUUUUCUCUCUGAUUUUAUUUUAAUUUAUCUGCUGCGUUUCCGACAUAUUUCAUUGAUGAGAGACUGCGACAGAUUGAAUUCGAGUGAUUAUUGCUCUACCAGUCAGUAUUUUAUCAUUUUGUCUUGAAUUCUUC